AUGAGCAAGCAAACCGGAGCGGUUUCCGUCGACAAGAAUGGUAACAUUCUGCUGAGGAUAUUGGCAAAGCCCGGAGCAAAAAUGAGUGCCGUCACAGCCAAUUUUCAAAGUUUCAACCUCUGUUCUCUCGAUUUUUCGUUGUUUUGGGGUAAAACUGUCCACUCAUCAGAUUGCUCUCUUUCAGAUGUUGGUGAUGACGAAGUAGGUGUAGCGAUUGCUGCCCCUCCUCGUGAAGGCGAAGCAAAUGAAGAGCUCGUUGAUUAUAUGAGAGGCGUUUUGGGACUGAAAAAGAGUGAACUCGUUCUGGACAAGGUCAUUCUUACAUGGUGGGAAAUCUCGCUGCAAGACAUUGCUCAUUAG